AUGUUCGCUACGAAGCUUUGGGAAGCCCUCAAGGAGGCCGGCCUGAAAAGGCGCGCUGAUAUCAAUAAGCCCAUAUCGGACGUGGAAUACGCAGCUCUUGAAGCUGGCGGUCUCACUACCAAGGGUGUGAACGAGCUUGAAGCUCGUGAUCAUAUUAUGAAUUGUGGCCACAGAGUCACUGGAAAGGGAGGGAGCAAUGGCCAUGGGAAGUGGGUUCCUGUGGCUCAAUUCAAGACACUCGCACGCAACUUUUGCGAUGUGUACGUUGGGACAGAUAUUGCCAAGGGCCAUGAAACGUCUGAUACCUACGGUGUCACUCUCACCAAUGGAAAGGACGGGAACGUUGUCUUCGCGAUCUACAACACGCAAUACAGUGAUGCAUGGAUCCUUGACUCUGACACUUGCUACAAUGCAAUGAUUGCACCUCUGGGUAACCAUGCGAAACGUGAUGUAUCCUUGGGGAAGAGGGAUAACUGUUGGGGAUCUAAGCACAAUGACUACGAGGGUGGCUAUUAUAAGGUGGACAAGAUUGGCGCUUUUGGAAGCGAGGUCUAUGCUUCUAAUGCCUAUCCCCCCUCUAUCGCGGCCGAACGACUCACAAAUGUGCACGCCUUUAACCACGUCUUUAAUCAUGAGGCAGAGGCAAUCAUUGCCUUACCUAAGCCACAGUCAAACAAACAAUCGCCAUCAUCGUUCAUUAUCGUUUCGUACCUUGCAAGGCUAUCUGUUUUGGCGCUUAGUCCUUCCACUGUUACAGGUGUUCAUCCAUAUCAGCGAGGGUGGAUGGAAACGUAUAUCGGCCAUGUGCCCACUCCGGCGGACGCCAUCAUUCUCUCCGAAGCAUGCCGAAUCGGCCUUCUUCCUCGUGUUCAGAGACGACUUUCUGAGAAAGAGCGCCGAUCUAUUCGAUGCGGUUCUGUGUUCGUCUGGGAUGAGCGUGAAGUCGGAUUUCUCACCUACCGCGAGAUGGAGGGCAAGCGCGGGGGUACCGGCACGCGGCUACUCAGAGCCGGUGAAACGCCUGACAGCCGGAGGAGGGGCGACAACAACAAGUACGGUCCGGACUAUGGGCCUGACGGACACCGCUAUAAGCUGGACGGGCUCAUGAAGCCGUCCUUCAGCAUCACCACCUCUACCGGCCAGCGUCUCCAUCUCAUUAGCUACUACUUGCCAUCGCGCCCGGCUGCUUCCACUCUCCAACAACCAUCCACAGACCCUGCAUUACGAUAUGUGCGCCCUCAGGAAGGACUGUAUCCCGAAUCAGCCGUUAAAGACCAGCUGAGUCCUACAGUAGUCACCCGCAGCCCCUUGGCGGGCGCUACUUAUUCCUUCCCUCCUCCGAUGAGUGCUGCAUGCUCUGGAGCCACACAGCCUCAAUUAUAUACUUCGUCCUAUGCAUGGCCCCCAACACCGCUGGGGACUCCGCACACCAUCGCUCCGCUCUACGGCUCCUACUUGUCUGCCGUACCCGCACCUAACAGCCUGGCCGUUGCAUACGGGGAAUCCUCUCCACAUCACCGUCCGGUUCUUCCAUCGCCUUCACCGCAACACGGACUGCCUCCGUCAUGUGACCGGCCAGUACAUCCGGCUCGUGCAGCUAAAAGCUCGUCACCACCCGCUAUCCCGGCCUCCACAACGCAGCAAAUACCCCUGCCGGUACUCGUACGGUACUCGCCUCACGUACCUCGCGACGCGCGCGACGACCACCAACGAAGCCCGCCAGACUAUUCGACAUCUUCGGUAGUCCCUAGAAUCCAAUACCCUCGCAUGCACGCACUCCAAACGUCAUUUCCACAGGUCGCCCCCGCGUCACUGAACGAGACUGGUAAAACAGCCCACUCUGACAGCAACAACACAUCCAGGGCCUCCGCCAACAGAGUUCCCAGCAUCGGGAUGCUGCUUAGCAGGGACUCGGGCCCCUUAUCAUCCACCACAACCGCACCGUCGAAUGAACUGAAUAUUCCUCGCGUGGGCGGCAGUCUCAACGCAGAAAGGCUGAAAGAUACCCCCAGAGAAAAGAUCGGGUUUAGAUGCGAAGAUACGCGAGCCCUGCGGCGGUUGGGCCGAGCCUUUACCACUUAG